GCGCUGACCUCUGGGGGAGCACCCGUAGCCCCUUCCCCUCCCCUCCCCUCCCCUCCCUCCCGCCCCUAUCUGCCUCACUUUUGCUGGGGGUCGGUUGCUUUGCGGGCUAGGGGGGAGUGGGAGUGGGGGGAAGGCUGCUGCCUCUGCCAGAUUCCCCCCAGGCCAGGCGCUAUGGCGAGAUCGUAGACGCUGCUGGCGGAGAUGGCCUCGCUCAGCCUGCCCCAGCUGCUGGAGCUCGCCGUUGUGAACUCCAAAGGCACGACCGUGAACUACGAUGCACUGCACAGGCUGCUGGAGGGCAUCCUCAGGGGCCUGGGCCUGUGUGAGCUGCCUGGGCAGCAGCAGGGGCUCAGCCCAACGCAGCCGGAGGGGGCCCAGCCUGCCGAGGCCCCCCCCGGGCUGGAGGAGGCGGCAGGUGGGACCCAGGCCCGGUCCAAGGGCCAGGAGUUGCCGGAGCACCUGCUGCAGAAGACCACCAGCAGCCCCCGGGUCGCCUCUGCAGCCGCUGAUGUGAAGGAGGCGGAGGAAGGCGGUGUGAGCGGCGUCUCCAAGGUCCUGGUGCUCUUCUUGAAUCUCCUGGAGGAGAUCAGCAGGGUGAAGGUGGCGGAGGACAUCAGGAUGAUCCAGAAGGCACUUGGCUUGGAGGGCACUGGGGGCCAGUCUGCCCCUGCUGAGCCCCAGGCUUCAGCUGUGGACACGCUGCAUGGAGCGAGCUCAGCGCUGGGGCCGAAGGAGCCCCGGACACAGCCUGCCCCCAGCACCACCAAGGGGAGCCCUCAGAAGUGGGCAGGCGCUCCCUCUGAUCAAGCAAGGACUUCUGAUGGGAGCACCACCUCCCCGGGGACACAGCCAGAGUCCCCUGGGAUCCAGGCCACUCUUGCAGGGGUGCAACCAGAGGCCUCCAGCACCCAGACCGCCUCCUUGGAGAUGCAGGGGACCCAGGGCAGAGGAGCAGAGGUUCAGCCAGGCCCCCUCUGCACGGACCCCAGCCCUCAGAGUGCGAAGGAGGUGUCCCCUGAGGCCACUGACCCUGCUCAGGGGAUGCAAGUUGAUGCUGCAGGUCCUGUGGCUGCACCCAGCAUGCAGCCUGCCAGGGCCGCACAGCCAGCCCCAGAGACCUCCUGGGCAACAGCCCAGGGCUUAGAGAUGCCCCUCAACGUUGUGUCCCCCUUGCAAGAGCCAGCGAUGGGUUCACACUCUGACCACUCUGCGGACACAGCAGAGGCUCUACGCCAGGUUGGACAGCUGGGCCUCCUCUACACAAGCCUGAAGGAGCAGGUGGCCCAGCUGGAAGCCACCAAGGCAGGACAUGGAGAGGUUGAGAAGCUGAGCCUGCUCUUCCUGAAGGAAGGCAAGGAGAGUAUCAGCAGCGUCCUGGCGGACCUCCAGGACCAGAAGUCCUCCCUGCAGGGGCUGGCUGGUGACCUGCAGGGCGAGAAGGGGAAGAUCAGGCAGCUGGAGGAUGUGCUUCAAAAGCUGCAGGAGGCUGGAUCUGCCUGCCAAGAGGAUGACAAGGAGACUACACUGCACCUGGAGACCAUGGUGCGGGAGCUACAGCAGGAAAUGAGGGAGCUGAGGGAGCAGCAGCUCACAAGCAAGGCCAUGUUGGAGCAGAGGGUGACAGAGGUGGCUGCCCAGCUGCAGGAGCAGCUGGACAAGCUGAAGGCGAUGGAGAGGGGCGUGGGGCAGGAGCAGGCAGUGUGCCCCGACUGCAACAUGAACGCCAGUGGGCAGCUGGGGCAGCUCCUGCAGUGCUACAAGAAGCUCCAGGAGCAGGUGAACUCCAUGUCACAGCAGGCAGUGGGCAAGGUGGCGCAGCAGCUGCCGGGGAGGAGCCAGCAGGACAAGGGGCUGCUGGAGCUCAUCCAGGCCAAUGUCAAACAGACGCAAGAGGACUGUGACAGACUGAGCCAUGUCACAGGGAAUCUCGUAGCUGACUGUCAGCGGAAGCAGGGAGACCUAGAGGUUCUGUUCCAGUCUGUGGAAAGACUGCAGAGGGACAAAGCUGCGAAGGAAGACCUGGCGCUGGAACUGGAAGUGAAAGCAGACAAAGCUGCCCUGGCCGGCAAAGUCAACUGCACACAGUUUGAGUCCAACAUAGAGCGACUGUACGAGACCAUAGAGGAGAUGCGGAGCCAGGUGACGGGCCAGGGGCAGGGCUGGCAGCAGGUCCAGCAGCAGCUCAGUGAGCUCCGUGAAGAGAUGGACUCCAAGCUGGACCGCCUGGAGCUGGGGCCUUUCCAGCAGGAGCUAGAGAACUGGAAGAGAAGCCUGAAGCAGUUCAAGGAGAGGCUACUGGCGAUGCCUGACAGCGGAGCUGGGAUUAAGAAGCAGCUGCUGGUCCCGUUUAGCUGCCUGUCCUGUGACCGGCCCCUCAGCAUGCUCGUGCCUGGCCUAACGAACCCUACGCUGCCACUGCUGCCACCACUGCCCCCCUGCCCCGCUGCGUACCCCCAUACCGCUGUCAAGGCAGAGGGAACUCAACAGCAGAAACACAGAGAGCAGAAGCCUGAACGCCAGUACCCCACUGUGCCGCGGCAGCAUGGUGGCCAGCACACCCUCGGUGCCCCGCUGCAGCGCAGCUCCACGCUCCAGCCUCACCCGCCCAGCACCCUGCGGCUGCACAAGUCCCACACCCAGCUCCCCAUCCAGGUAGGGAUGACAAAGCUCGGUGACGAAGUGGAGCUGGUGGGCCGGGAUGGCCGCAUCUACAAGGGCCGGCGGCCUCUACUCGUGGACAAGGAGGGCACCGCCACCUCACCUGAGCAGAAGCCAGCAAUACCCUACAGCCAGCCGGGCCAGGCAGCACCGGGAAUCUUCAUCCAGCCCCUUCACCACAAGUCCAGCAGCAUGCCAGCUGAGUGGGACUUGGGGUUCCUGGGCAAACCCACCCCCUCGAGCAGGAGCGCGAGCAGUCACAGGCAACAGCACUAAAGGAGGACAGAUAGCAGGGUGCCUGUGGCGCCUGAGGGCACUGGCUGGGGGGUGGC